AUGAGGAAGGAUGCAGUCUUUGAUUGGGACCAAUCAUGCCAAAAUGCAUUUGAUAGCAUAAAGAAGUAUCUGUUCAACCCUCCGGUCUUAAGUGCGCCUGCAGCUGGAAAACCAUUAAUAUUGUAUAUUGCAGCUCAAGAGACUUCGCUCGGGGCAUUACUUGCACAAGAAAAUGAUAAAGAUAAACUGAGACAUUAUAUGCAAGCAUUCACUAUACACUUGGUGGCAAAAUCUGGUCCUGUCAAAUAUAUCUUAUCAAGGCCAGUCAUCUCGGGACGCCUCGCGAAGUGGGCUAUUAUACUCCAACAAUAUGAUAUUGUAUAUAUCCCCCAAAAAGCAGUGAAGGGCCAAGCAUUGGCAGAUUUCCUGGCUGAUCAUCCAGUUCCAUCAAAUUGGAAGUUAUGUGAGGUUUUACCUGAUGAGGAAGUAUUGUUAGUUGAAAGCAUGGAGCCUUGGAUCAUGUUCUUUGAUGGUGCGACACGAAGAAGUGGAGCUGGUGUUGGCAUUCUCUUCAUUUCUCCUGAGAAACAUAUGUUGCCAUAUAGCUUCACACUCGGUGAGUUUUGUUCAAAUAAUGUUGUCGAGUACCAAGCCCUUAUUAUCGGCCUCCAAAUGGCUUCAAAAUUUGGGAUAAAGUGCAUAGAAAUAUUCGGUGAUUCGAAGUUAAUCAUAAAUAAGCUCUCUUAUCAGUACGAGGUAAAGCAUCAAGACUUGAAGCCUUACUUUAGUUAUGCUAGAAGAUUGAUGGACAGAUUCGACAGCAUAAUAUUGGAGCAUAUACCGAGAUCAGAAAAUAAGAAAGCUGAUGCACUUGCAAAUUUGGCCACUGCUUUAACAGUCUCGGAAGACAUACCAAUAAACAUUUCCCUUUGUCAAAAAUGGAUUGUGCCUUCAAUUGAAAGUCAAUACGAAGAAGCUGAUGUGAUAUCUGUGUAUGCAAUUGAUGAAGAAGAUUGGCGCCAGCCCAUUAUAGACUAUUUGGAGCAUGGAAAACUUUCCACCGAUCCUCGACAUAGAGCCAAAAUACGUAGAAGAGCUGCGCGAUUUAUUUAUUACAAAGACACACUUUACCGACGCUCAUAUGAGGGACUUCUGCUGAAAUGCCUAGGGAAAGAGGAAUCGACAAAGGCCUUAGAGGAAGCUCAUUCAGGUAUUUGUGAUGCCCACCAGUCUGGUCCAAAGCUCCAAUAUCAGUUGAAAAGAAUGGCCGUGCCAUUAAGAGAAGCAAAGAAGGAAAACAUUGUUAAUUUUGUUCAGACACACAUCAUUUACAGAUAUGGUAUUCCUCAUCGUAUCGUAACUGAUAAUGGAAGACAAUUCGCUAACACUUUGAUGGACAAGCUAUGUGAAAAAUUUAACUUCAAACAGUACAAGUCUUCUAUGUACAAUGCCACAGCAAAUGGAUUGGCAGAAGCAUUCAACAAAACUUUGUGUAGUCUGCUUAAAAAGGCGGUCUCCAAGACAAAAAGAGAUUGGCAAGAAAAGAUUGGGGAAGCAUUGUGGGCCUACAGAACUACCCAUCGUACUCCUACAGUUGUUACACCUUAUUCCUUAGUUUAUGGCGUUGAAGCAGUACUCCCACUAGAAAGAGAAAUUCCUUCCUUAAGAAUGGCAAUUCAAGAAGGGCUAACUACUGAAGACAAUGCUAAAUUACGCCUUCAAGAGUUAGAAGCACUUGACGAAAAGAGACUGGAAGAGCAACAAGCACUCGAAUGUUAUCAAGCACGAAUGUCAAAAGCCUUUGACAAACAGGUAAGGCCCGAUCAUUUCAAGUUGGUGAUUUAG